ACUUUUUUAUAAUAAGUUGGCGAUUCACUUUCCUUCAGAAGAGAUUCUCCUAGUAACAGCUUCUCCUGUUAUUAAAGCAGUUACAAAUUUCAAGCAGAUUUCUAAAGUAUUGGAAGAGUUUGAUGUUGAAGAACAACCAAGUACCAUGUUAGAAAACCGCUUUCCCAACAUUAAAGUUAUAGAAUGUGGAGUAAAGCAACUGAAGAGUGAAGAACAUUGCAUUUUAACAGAAGAUGGCAGUCAGCACAUAUAUAAGAAACUCUGUCUGUGUGCUGGAGCUAAACCAAAGUUGAUAUGUGAAGGAAAUCCUUAUGUAUUAGGAAUUCGUGAUACAGAUAGUGCUCAGGAAUUUCAGAAACAGCUUACGAAUGCUAAAAGAAUAAUGAUCAUAGGGAAUGGUGGUAUCGCACUUGAAUUAGCGUAUGAAGUCGAAGGUUGUGAAGUAAUUUGGGCCAUUAAAGAUAAGGCUAUUGGGAAUACUUUCUUCGAUGCAGGAGCAGCUGAAUUCUUGACCUCAAAGCUCAUUGCUGAAAAACCAGAGGCUAAAAUUGCACAUAAAAGAACCAGAUAUACAACUAAAGGAAAGAAAAAGGAAGCAGGAACCAACAUUAAUGCUGGUAAUGUAGGCAGUGCCUUGGGACCUGAUUGGCAUGAAGGCUUAAAUCUUAAAGGAACAAGAGAGUUUUCUCAUAAGAUUCACAUUGAAACUAUGUGUGAAGUAAAGAAUAUCUAUCUUCAGAAGGAAUUUAGAAUCUCUAAGAAAAAGUCCUUGACAUUUCCAAGAGACCAUCAAAAUGAGUUAGUUACAACUGAUAAAGAGAUAUGGCCUGUGUAUGUGGAGCUGACCAACGAAAAGAUAUAUGGCUGUGAUUUCAUUGUCAGUGCUACAGGAGUUACACCAAAUAUAGAACCUUUUCUCUGUGGCAACAAUUUUGAUCUAGGAGAAGAUGGUGGCCUGAGAGUGGAUGAUCAUAUGCACACAUCCCUUCCUGAUAUCUAUGCUGCAGGUGACAUCUGUACUGCUUCCUGGCAACCCAGCCCAUUCUGGCAGCAGAUGAGGCUGUGGACCCAGGCUAGACAGAUGGGAUGGUAUGCAGCGAAGUGCAUGGCUGCAGCUAGUUUAGGAGAGUCCAUUGACAUGGAUUUCAGCUUCGAACUUUUUGCUCAUGUAACAAAGUUUUUUAACUAUAAGGUUGUAUUGCUGGGAAAAUACAAUGCACAGAGCUUGGGUUCAGAUCAUGAAUUAAUGCUGAGAUGUACCAAAGGACAAGAAUACAUCAAAGUCGUCAUGCAGAAUGGACGAAUGAUGGGAGCUGUCUUAAUUGGUGAAACCAAUUUAGAAGAAACAUUUGAAAACCUGAUAUUAAACCAGAUGAAUCUUUCAUCAUAUGGAGAAGAUCUACUAGAUCCAAACAUUGAUAUAGAAGAUUAUUUUGACUAAAAAGAGCAUUUCAAGAACCACAUAGUUUCAAAUAAGACAGAAUGUCAAGUCAAUGAUGUGAAGGACUGCACUGAUUUAAUGGUGACCACAUUGAAGUUAAAAAUACACAGGUGAUAAUGAUUUUAGUGGAAAAGUAUUUAAAAAUAAAAUUCUAAAGAUGAA